AUGAAGACAACGCUCUCGUUUAUUUUCUUCUGCCUGCUCAUCUCCGGAGCACUUGCUAUUCACCUUCUCCACCACAAAAAAUACGGCCAUGGAUUCGGUGGUGGCUAUGGUGGUCACGGCGGAGGGUACGGCGGUGGGUACGGCGGUGGAUACGGCGGUGGAUACAGUGGAUACGGUGGAUACGGUGGCGGAUAUGGUGGUGGCUACAAGUACAAGCAAAUCUAUGGAGGGUUCAACCGCGGCUAUGGCAGCUACGGCGGGGGAUUCUACGGAUAA